AGGAUUUACAACAUAAAUAUACUUCUAGGUGGCUCUGAUUUGACUUUAAAGGUACAAUCUAGCGACCUAUCAACUGCAAAAUCGCAAGCUUUUGUCUAAAUCAUGGUUAUUGAUGGAUAACAACACAUUGUGACCGUUAGAAAUAAUUUUCAAAAUGGCGUCUGAUUUUGAAAUCGAUCCCGUGCAUGGAUAACCUGCUUAGAACUGUUGAAUGUACACCGAGGUACGAAAUCGUUGAACAGUUACCUAUAGACAAUGAUGUGGAUAUGCUAUAUGAGGUUAGAUCAUACCAAUUUUCUAUGGUGGAAAAGUCUAUUUCUACUUUGUGUGAGGACCGUUUCGGACCCCAAACUGCCGGGGGUGAGGACCAGAUGGUGGAUCUUAAGCUCAAACGUAGGAAAGGUGACACUAAGCUUAUAAGUUACGCUAAUGAUAUAUAUGACAUGUAUGUUUAUCUGAUGGGGCUAACAGAUCACUUUCCACGCAGUAUUUUAGCUCCUACUAGUGUGCUAUCAGAGGAAAUUACGUCUCGUUCGAAUGAUCUACAGCGAUCCACAGUAAGGGAACGUAUAUGCAGCAAGGAAGUGAUCGAUAGCGAGUAGCAACGUUGUAGAAUAAGAAUAUCAAGCGCAAAUCUCCAUCCUGACAACCUCAAAUGUAGAGCUGAAAACGGAGCUACAGAGCUACAAACGAACCGGUAACCAGGUAACCAGCAUAAUCGAGUGGAUCACCAGUGCGACAAAAACCCAGCCUCUCUAAAAUACUUUCCUUUUGGCGAUUUCUUGGAUUAUCAAAAGAACGACGAUGAAACUCUAGUAACAGGCCAGUGAUUUGACAUAUACAAUAAACAAUAUUGAGGAAAGCUACACGUUUCUUAAGAGGACGUGUAUGUGACCCCUGCAAAGUUACGACGCCUAGGGAUUACUUUGUGACCCUCUCCAUUGUCUUGUCCAGGGUCCUUAUACAACUAUUUUCUUCAGUUGCACCUUUGUUCACCAUCGGGGAAGUAAAUACUACGAAGGAGGAACUAACCUU